AUGGACGAGAGCAAACCCCUGAAGGUCCGGCUGACGUUCUCCGUGAUCCUGGUUGGCGUCUCGCUCCUGUUUGCAGCCGUAGUGACUGACCACUGGGCCGUGCUGAGCCCCAAAGUGGAGGAAUAUAACGCCACCUGCGAAGCGGCUCAUUUCGGGCUAUGGCGGCUCUGUACAAAGCGGAUUUUUAUGCGGGAGCAAGGUCCCAAAGAGAAGGGCUGUGGGCCGAUAAGCCUGCCAGGAGAACACAACUGCUCCUACUUCAAGCACUUCACUCCAGGACAGAGCUCGGAGAUAUUUGAAGUAACCACCCAGAAAGAAUACAGCAUUUCAGCUGCAGCCAUUGCCAUCUUCAGCGUUGGCUUUGCAAUCAUCGGAACAAUCUGCGUCCUCUUAUCCUUCAGGAAGAAGAUGGACUAUCUGCUGAAGCCAGCAUCCAUGUUCUACACCUUCGCAGGUCUCUGCAUCAUCAUUUCUGUUGAAGUCAUGAGACAAUCUGUGAAGAGGAUGAUUGACAGCAAGGAGACAGUCUGGAUUGAGUACAGUUACUCCUGGUCCUUCGCCUGUGCCUGCGCCUCCUUCGUCCUGCUCUUCAUCUGCGGCAUCACCCUCCUCCUGAUUGCGCUGCCUCGCUUCCCCCAGAACCCCUGGGAGACCUGCAUGGAUGCAGAACCGGAGCACUGAUGUUCCCAGCACCCAUGAAAAAAUCCAGAAAGCCUUCUGAAAAGAUUUGUAUUUUGUAAAAUGUCUGGGUCUCACUAUACAAUGUGCACUCCAUUAACAAAGUCAUUACUGAACCAAGGCAUGUUCAAUU